AUGGAAGACGACGAAAUAUCAGAGACUUCUUACAUGGCGACAGGGCCUUUGUGCGGUUGCGUCAAACCAAGUGUUGUUGUUGUUCGUACAUCUUGGACAUCCGAAAACCCAGGAAGACGGUUCUACUCCUGCAAAAAAUAUAAGGAUGGAGGUGGGUGCAAUUUUUUUGCUUGGGUUGAUGGGCCGAUAUGCAAUCGGUCGAAGCAAGUGAUCCCUGGACUAUUGCGCAAAUCGAACGAGCUGCGCCAGAAACUUCAACAAAUACAAGAAGAAAAUGAUAAACUGAAGGAAGAAAAUAAGAACUUAGCAGCUGAGAUGAAAAGCCUUAAAAUAUCCAUGAGGAUCGAGUCAAAGCGUACAAUGUGGCUGUUCAUUGUUGCAUCUGCUAUCAUUUUCUAUCAGUAUCUGAAUAAAAAUUCUGGUGGUCAGGGUUCCUCUAACAUGAUUGCAUAA